AUGAACAAAUUAACGAUGAUUCGAAGGCUGACUUUGGCGCCGCCCGCUCUCCGAACUAUACUACUUCAACAAAGAUUGAUCUUUCCUCAGUCUCGCCCAUAUGCCGUUCAGAGUAUCACCCAGCCAUCAUUUUGGACGAAUAUGAUUCCUAAACCAUUUCGAAAGAGCGAACAAGUUGUGAGCAAAAAGCCGAAAUCCAAAGAUUGGAACCCUGCGACAUUCUUCAUAUGGAUCUUCCUUCUGAUAGGAUCAAUGUCAAUUCAGAUGAUCGCAUUACGAAAUGAAUACACAGCUUUCAGUCGGCGCGCAGAUGCGAAAAUCGGGCUAUUGAGGGAGAUCAUUCGGCAGAUAAGGAACGGAGAAGAUUGUGAUGUUGAAAAACUUCUCGGAGUUGGAGAUGGAGAGCAAGAAAAGGAGUGGGAAGAAGUAUUGGACGAAAUCGCACGAGAAGACGCAGCAUUGCAAGAGUCUCGUGCAGAGAAAUCAAACCCCGGAGAUGUUGCUAUUCCAGAGAUAAUAGAGAAGGCUCCUGAAGAACCUAAGAAUAAGAGCAGUGGGCCCUCGGGAUUUUAUUGA